CUCCCUCCCCCCCUAGACCAAACUGCCCCUCAUUUGCUGAAUUUAUAUAAGGCACCUGUGCCAUCAUGGCUGCUUCUGGUGUUUGCUUCCUGUCAGUUACUACAUGGGACCCUUUCUGUGACCAUUUUAGGCCAGACUCUGAAGACCUUGUUGUAACAGCCUUAAGAAAAUAAGAUGAAGUUGAAGGAGAAGAAGAGGAAGGCCAAGAAAGAGGCAAGGAGGAGGAACAGGAAGAAAGCCAUCAGUCAGUCCCAGUCUCUGUGUGCUGGGGAAAAGGAGUAUGUUCACCAGAGGAAACGAGUAGUUCUGGAGUCCCUCAGCAGCCUGGGAAUCAACUGUACUACAGAUUCAGUUCCCCACAUCGCUCUGUUGGCAUCAGGUGGGGGUCAGAGGGCAUCUGUGGGUCUGCUCGGUUCCCUCUAUCAGAUGGAAAAGGAACAUCUGGUGGACAUGCUGCUCUACCUAGGAUCAGUUUCUGGGUCAACAUGGUCCAUGUCCUCCAUCUACAGCGACCCACAGUGGAGUGACAGCCCUGACAGCCUGGACACUGCAGUGUCCAGGCUGUCGGGCCCUGAGGUUCCGCUGGAGAAAGCUUUGGCCUGGUUGGAUGAGAGGGCAGAGGAGGACUACUUCUCUCUCAGCGAUGUCUGGGGGGUUUUGACCUCUGCUGGGAUCAUGAAACAGAUGGACCUACGACGUCUUUCAGAUGAGGCCAGCAGAAAAGCCACCAACCCUUACCCCAUCUACAGUGCCAUAGAGAAGUACUGCUACUUACACGGGCCCAUACAAGGGAAAUGGUUCGAGGUGACCCCGCACGAGGCUGGUUUCACAGAGUUGGGUCUCUUUGUGAAAACUUCUCUCCUGGGCAGCAAAUUUGAGAACGGAAAGCUGCUGGUGAAGGAGCCAGAGAUGGACAUGGUCAAACUACAAGGUAUUUUAGGUUCUGCGUUGGCUCUAGACCAGACGAUCAAAGACCUCAUCCCUCCCUGGCUGAAUGUGUCUGGACAGAUGGACGGCGCUGCUGAAGACUACCUGCGUGUGUACAAUGCUCUUGAUAAACUUGUAGCCCUGACCAGAAGCACCAUAAAGGAUCCUACCGCUCUGUCUGACCUGGACAAGUUGCAGAAAAUACUAGAAGACAUGCUAAAUCAUGAUAAGUCAGUGUGGCUGGAGUCCAAGAGUUUGGAGGAAAGAAAAAGUAGUUUUGGCCAGUGGAGUCUGGAGCUGAUGGCGGCAGUACAGACCUGGAGCCAGAGUCUGGAGGAUGGAGCUUUCAAAACAAAUGUCUCUCUGCUUACUAAGCAGGUUCUACCCAUGAUUAGGAAAUGGGAAUGGGGAACUACCGGAAACUUCCUCUACAAAUACCAAGAUUCCACAGUUCCACCUUACCUCCGCUCUACAGAGACAUUCCACCUGAUAGACGCCGGGCUGCUGAUUAACGUAGCCUACCCUUCAUUCCUGGGAGAAAAGAGAGACAUCGACCUCAUCAUUGCACCAGAGUACAGCGCCGGAAACAUGUUUGAGACUCUGACUCUUGCCAGAGACUACGCAGCCGAGGUGAAGAAGCCUUUCCCAGAUAUAGACUCCAAAAUCCUGGAGGAGAGAGACUGGCCAAAGGGCUGCUACGUGUUGGAGGGAAAAGAGAAGGCGCCCACCAUUGUGCACGCGCACGCACGCACGCACGCACGCAGAUUGCUCUUACCAGUGUAUCGCUGUGUGUACUUCGUCCACAGCAAUCCCCGCCAAUUGCUCCCAAAACGCCCAGUUACAGAGAAAGUGCCGUAUGCAGCGGAGUUCAAAGCAAAGAUGGAAGAUUUCUCCACCUUCCAGCGUCCCUACAGCCAGGAGAAGAUUGAGUUUGAGUUGGAGACGGCAAAAGCCAACAUAAAGAUCAACAAGGAAACUCUGCUGCGGGAGAUCAAGAAGGCUGUUCUCCGCCGACACAACAAGAUGUAGGGGGGGGGCACCGUCAGGGUAGGACCAAGGUUAUAAUCGUUAACGAAAAUGAAUGAAAUAACGAAAACUAGGUGGGAAAAACAUUGUCGUUAACUGAAAUAAAAAUAAAAACGAGGCAUUACAAAAAAUGAUAACGAAUGUAGAACGUUUUUACUAGUUGCAGCUAAAUAUAAUAAGAAUGUAAAAGGUUUCCAUAAGAGACCAAGUGUGUUUUGGUGUAUGCUUAUUGCAGUUGAGUUGUGUGCUGUCAUAGAGACGGUGGUUCCCCGAAUAUAGGAAACUCAAGUACAUUGAGUAAUAAUAACAAAUGAGGACAAGACAUAAUACAGUGGCCCCCACCCUGGCAGGUGUUAUGUUAAGAUAGCAGUCCUGGUGAGGAAGAACAGGGGGCCCAAGAAAGAGGAUAAGAGAUGAGGGGAAGGUUAGAUCGGGGCUAACGAGGUCUGACAGUCUAGAGAUACGUGGACCGGCUCUGGCUUUUUGGCUGUUGCUAGGGAAACUUAGUCUCUGCGUUCCUUGUGAUCCCACUGAUCUGUGUAUUGUAACUCUGAUGCUUGACUGAUUAAACGAAUGUAUUUGUCUUUA